GGUUUUCAUCGGGAAGCCUGUGGUUUGCUUAUCCAAGAUGGCGGCCUCCGCAUUGGAUGCGACUGUGUUUUUGGAUCAUUUACGAUCUGUUGUAUCCACAGAAAAUAUUCUUUUUCUGCAGGAUCAGCUUGAUAAGCAUAACCUGAAUGGUAUUCUCAAGCAACAAUGUGUAGAGUAUGGCCCGGUGGAAGGGUAUGAGUCCGAGGAGUACAUCACGUCGUUGUUACGCCAUAUUAGUUCAAAGCUCUUGCCGCCAGGUCGUCCCGAGGAAGGAGAAGAUGAUAGCGGUACUUAUAAGACAUAUGUGGUUAAAGCUGGUAAUCUCUUGGAGCUUUGUGGUAUUAUCAUAACCUGCAUAUCAAGAACUCAAGAAACAAAGAAUUUGGCAUUAGUUCGACAUAUUAUGAAGAAAGUGGCCCCAGAACUAAUCAGCAUUUGCGCUUGUCAUAUGGAAGCCAAUAAGUGGACAAGUCAAAAGACAAGAUCUUCAUCUAAAGUUCUGUUGACUGCAUUUUGCAAGGGCUUUCAUUGCUCUUCUGAAUCAGAGCUCCUAUCUGGGACUGCCUCUUCCACUAUUGAUGGUAACCCUGUGCUUAGGGAGGGGCUGUUUGGCCGUGUUCUUAACGUAAUGUUACCUCACAUGAGUAAGAGUACCUGGGAGGACUGUCGUGCAUUAAGAUAUGCAUUUGUCUGGUGUGUACUACAAGUAAAGUAUCCAGUCAUCGGAGAUCACAUUCCAAGGCUUCUUCCACCGAUGCUUCUUCUUCUGGAUGAUCAUGAGGUGGAAUAUACAAUUGUUGGAGUUACUGCUUUGCACCAUGUGAUAAUAAACACUAAUGUUGCAGAACUCCACUGGUAUGGAAGGGCAGAUGUAAUUUUUGAGUCAUUGCAAAAACUUAUCUAUACUAAUGUGCCCCGGCUGGCAAUGGCUCUCCACCCCUGUGUUGUGAGCCUUCUCAAGGUUAUGGAGCCCAAGCCAUGGAAACCAAAGACUAAUAGAACAGAGGGAUGGAAGUGCCAUGGUGUUUUCCAAGCCAUUCUCACAUCCAUGGAGUUUGAAUCAAAAAUAGCUAUGCGAAGGGUGUAUGCAGACACACUGAAAGGUUAUGUGGACUAUCUUGGCAUUUCCCUCUUGAAGCAUUUCAAGAGGUUUCUACGUGUGGUGUUUGCUUAUCUAGAGAUAUAUGACCCUGAAGGUGACCAGACACGUAUUGGGAUUCUUCUGGCCUUAAAAUCUGCUAUGAUCCAUGCUUAUAUGAGGAUCCCAGCACAUUCUGAUGCCAUUCUUAAAGCACUGCUCAAGCUAAUGAUAGAUACUACUCUAUCAAUGGAUACAGUUCAAAAAGGCAGUGCUUUAUCUGCCCAGAAUGGUAUUCUGGAUGCUGCCAUAGAGUGUCUAGCUGUCCUUCAGAUUUGCUGUGGAAAUCACAUUACGGAGGCUCUCGAGACGAUUCAAGCAAAUUUCGAAGACCCGCAGCUUCAACAGUCAUUACAGAGAGUACUUCAAGCACAUGUUAACGAGCAGAAUAAGAUAACAUAACGGAAACGUAACGAAUUCAUCUAUAUUUACAGUGUAAAUAAAUUGUAAAUAGUAAAUAAAUUAAUAUUCUAAAAGUA